CCGGCGGCGGCGGGGGAGGGGGUGCCCGGUGCAAGCCCGUCGAUUCGCUCCCGUCUCCCCAGCGGCCUGGUCGGGGGGCGGCGUCUGCUGCGCCAGGUUCGCGGGACGCACGUCUCCAGGCGGCGGCAGUAGCGGCGGCGGCGGCGGCGCCGCCUGGGAGCCCGAGCCUUCUCGGCGCCCCCGUCCCUCCCCCGCCGCACCCCGCCCCGGCGCGAGAGGAGAGCGCGAGAGCCCGAGCCGCGGGCGGGCGGGCGGCGAAGAUGGCAGAGGCGCCGGCCUCCCCGGCCCCGAUCUCUCCGCUCGAAGUGGAGCUGGACCCGGAGUUCGAGCCCCAGAGCCGGCCGCGCUCCUGUACGUGGCCCCUGCAGAGGCCGGAGCUCCAGGGGAGCCCGGCCAAGCCCUCUGGGGAGGCGGCUGCUGACUCCAUGAUCCCCGAGGAGGAGGACGAUGAAGACGAGGAGGACGGUGGCGGUAGGGCCGGCUCGGCCAUGGCGAUCGGCGGCGGCGGGGGCGGCCCGCUGGGCUCUGGGUUGCUCCUGGAGGACUCGGCCCGGCUGCUGGCUCCUGGAGGGCAGGACCCCGGGUCCGGGCCAGCCCCCGCGGCGGGCGCGCUGAGCGGGGGGACGCAGACACCGCUGCAGCCUCAGCAGCCACUGCCACCGCCGCAGCCGGGGGCGGCUGGGGGCUCUGGGCAGCCGAGGAAAUGCUCGUCGCGGAGGAACGCCUGGGGGAACCUGUCCUACGCCGACCUGAUCACUCGCGCGAUCGAGAGCUCCCCAGACAAACGGCUCACUCUGUCCCAGAUCUAUGAGUGGAUGGUGCGCUGCGUGCCCUACUUCAAGGAUAAGGGCGACAGCAACAGCUCUGCCGGCUGGAAGACCCUCAAACUGACGCAAGACCUACCGAGAAAACCCUUUGCCAAAUCUGCUCUCAGCAAGUGGACAGUGAUACCGUUUACAGCUUAACACCCUGUGAGCCCGUGCGUUUCCUACCCCAGCAGAGACUGUUACCGGCCCCUUCCCCUGGGUGAAGCACUUAUCCUCGCACAGAACUCUCUAUAAAGUAUGCAAAACCUUCCUUGUACGGGGUGACAGCCACCUGCCAGCGAAGGACAGCACCCUGCCAGCACCGCCCGCCCCGUUCAGAGCACACCGUCAGCCCGCGGGCCAUCCUGUGGUGUUUUAAUAUCGCGAUGGUUUAUGGGACGUGUUAAGCGUUGUUUUUGUGUUCGUUUUCCUUUAACUUUCAGUUUCUCACAUGCAUUGACUUGGAGUCUUUUUAUGUUAAAGUGUUAACCAUCCUUCCCCUGGCACAUUUAAAAACAGAAAAUGUACCAGCUACUGCGCUGGCUUUGGGUGUCACAAACGUCCGAGCCUGUAGAACUCCCCAAACCUAACACAUUACGUAAACUAGAGGGGGUUUUUCCUGUCUUCUUUACUUUGGUAGAAAACUUCUUUUCUUAAAAAAAAAAAAAAAAAACCAACAAACAACAGUGGCACAAGUGUUCGCUGUGCGCACCGGCCCAGGACAGAGCCCUGCAUCCGCAAACUGAAGGAUGCCCGGCACCUGACCCCGAGCGCUCGGUCCUGAGUCAGGGCGGUCAGGGGACGAUACCCUGGCCCUGGUCUGCAGUUGCCAGAUGGGCCUGGCCUGUGGUCUGUCAGUAUCCUCAGCUCACAGUCACAGUGAUCGUAUGUUGCUUAGAAAUUAGGAUCUUUUCAAGGAAGAAAUCCGCUCAGCUCUUCACUCAUUGCCAAAUGCCACUAAUGGUUUAGUUUUAAGGAGAAAAGAAAAGGGAAAAAAAAAAAAGUAGUCUUGUUUUGCUUUGCAGAAGUGAACUUACAGGCAGACGUUAAGCCUGCAGUGAGAAAUGUGUGGAAAGUACAAAGCCGAGUCACUCUUUUUUCUAAAUGCACACCCUUGAUUACUUUUAGCCUUGCUCUGUAUAAUCUGAUCUAGUAGACAUGUAUGAAUGAGGGGCAAUAGCAUACAAACUGAUUCUUUUUUAAUAUAAAUAAGCUUAGGUUGUGAUUGUACAGGUGACACAAUGGAAGUACAAGAUAGGGCCAUUUUGACCUCCCUCCUCCCCCUUUUCCUGCUUGUAUGGAUUUCAUUUUUUUCUUUUCAAAAAGUUAUGGUGCUGUAUAGGUGCUUUCUGUUUAACCCAGAAAGUGUGAUUAUAUUAGUUGCCCUCUUUGGUAGACAGAGUAGUUGGGAACACCUUUGGUACAUAUGAAACUGGGACAGUGACGCUCCGAUUGGCACAGCAUAUGCAUCCUUCUCCAAAAAGGUAUAUGAAGACUCUUUUCUUUGCAUACAAAGCAUUAGGCAUACAAAUGUAUAAAUAUAUUUUAUCAUGUACAGUUACAAAAAUGGAACAUUCUGCAUGAAUGUUAGGGAUCCAGGCUCGUAGUUCAGCACAGACCUCCCUGCAUGAGUUCUCGCAGACGCUUGCACCGUGCAGUGGACUCCCCCACCGACACAGACAUGCCACCCAACCACCUGCGCCCGUCACCGGCCACCAGGGGCCCCCUUCUGCACCUUUGCUUCCUGAUUCCUCCGGGGGUGAUGGUGGUGGUGAUAACAGCUCCUAGUGUAAUGAAAGUUCCAUUUGGUGUUGUCACUUGUCUCUCCCGCUUCGCUUAGGUUGUCAUGUUUGAAUGAUGGCCCCAUUGAUUUCACCCUGCCUUUUACUGAAUCUGUAAAUUGUUGUGCAGUUUGUGGUUAUAGUAGACCUGUAGCCUAUUGCCUUUUCUAAACUGCUCCAAGUUUAUAAUCUUCAUUUUGAAAGUAUGUAUAGUUUUUGAAAAUAUGUAUUCUAUUCACGCAAUCUGCUUUUUCAGUGAGACAGACUUUUGCUUACCAUAUUCCUCUGUAGUAAGGCUAUCCUCCUUCCUCAAGUCUUUGGUAGUCUGCUGUCCAUGAGGACUGUCCAUUGUCAGUGAGAGGGGGCUGCUCUCUGGGUUCCUAAGUGAUGCUGCCCUCAGUGGAGACACAGUUUGAUCAGGGACAGUGGAGAGACCAGGGGGUAUGGGAUUCAGGGAGAAUCCGAAGUGCUUCCAAGACAAGGGCCCUGAGACUUUCUCUCCUGAGCUCAGAGAAACAAGAAAACUAACAAAAUAGCUAUUUGCCUUCUAGACUGUGGAAACUACUUUGGGAGUAAGAAAGGCAACCCUCAAGAUGUGUUUCAACUUUAAAAUCUUGAAUUGCUUUUUAGACCUGUGGCAUCUCAUAUAUUCUCCCCCUACCCCAAUGUUUGUUAGAUUUCAGGCAGAAUGUCUUACAAAAUGUCCUAGAACCAGAUUAUAAUUUAAUCUAAAACAGCUGAGGGAGGGACAGAGAGAGGGGGUGUGAGAGCAAGAAUAGCCAUGGAGCAGAUCAGGAAAAUGGAGAGGGAGGGGUGCUUUGAAUCUUUUUUCUUUUUUAAAAAGUAACUCAGCAUCUACACGUAGAAUAUCAUGGACAGCUGAGAUCAGGGCAGAGUUAGGUGCCGGCAUCAGUGAUAGAAAGGGUCAGGCAAGAAUGGAAUAGUUAGGCCUGUCCAGGAUCACACAGCCUCACUCUCACCCUUGGCCACUCACCCGGAGGCCAGGGUCCCUUAGACUAACCAGGUCCUACCGCAGUCAGACGGGGCAGAGGUGCCAUCUUCUCUUAAGACCCUGCUUUCAGGAAGGGCCCACCAGUGGCCACCAUGUGAAGUUCUGAGCAUCACAGGUCUCUCACAGGAAGUUUUCUGAGCUGGGGCGUCUCCGUGGAAUACUCAGUAGCCUCCGGGGGUCUGGCAGUCCUAAUGUUUGCUUCCUGAUGCAGACUCUCAGAGUCUACCCUCAGCCUCUCAUUAAGCUGCUCUAGGGAGCCUUCCACUUUUUGAUGGGAAAUUUAGAAAGAAGAGUAACAAUGUUGAAAACAUGACCUGAACUCUGGGGUUCUGUUGUUACCCUCAGGGUUCCAGAGCCAGAAACCUUUUACCAAAGUUAGAAAAGAGCUUUAUCACAAGCCUUCCCUGUCCUGGCAUGAGGCCUGGCUCGGAGUAUCCCAUUAACUGUGAAUGAAUCUGAGGUCAGUUCCCUUUCUUGCCGAAACACAUCCUUUUAAGAUUUCUGAAGUUCGUCUUUGCUGUUAACAGGUGGAGCGUGCACACACGUGUAGUGCUGGUGGACUGUGUGUGGGGCGGGGUUUGGUGUUGAGUUUCAGCCCUGUGUGUGUCUCUGCCCCGCUCUGAGAAGACCUCGUGGCUCACUACUCAGGACAGGUACGCCCAGUCUCAGGGUGUCAUUUCAGGCAGCUUCUGAACCUGUUAAAGAUGGAAGGUUGUCUAUCUCAUGAACCCCAACUUAAAGAAUAAGGAAUAUUUGAAUCUCUUGGAAAGCCCAUCAAGAGGAAAGCAAACAGCCACGCCUAUUUUUGUGUGUGCUGAUGCCAAGGGCUGGUGAAGGAAAAUAAAGAAGUUACCCUUUCUUUCUAAAAGCAGAAACAAAAUCCUGACAGGUCCAAAUUGUGAUUUCCUCUUUCUUGGUGUAUUUGGGGAACGUUGAUUAGGUAUAACGUAUUUUUUUUUUAAUUAAGAAAAGCAAAAACUUUUUGUAGAAAAUCAGUCGCUGGCAAAGAGGUACGAACAGCCAGCCUCUCCUGGAGACCAGGGGUGGCAGGGUGCAGCAAGGGGAGAGAGCAGUCCUUGUGAAAUCCCGUCUGUCAUACCAGGUCAUAACGCAGAUGCCCAGGUACUGAGAAGAGUACAGUUGGCCCUGAGUACACACGGGCUCCACAUCCUCAGAGUCAGCCAACCGCGGAUCCAGAGGGCCAAGUUGUACUACGCCUUUUUAUAUAAGGGACUUGGGCAUUCGCGGAUGUAGGCAGGGGGGAUGGAGUCCUGUAGCCAAUCCCCCACGGAUACCGGGGGUGACUGUGUAUUAUAUUUGAUCUAGAUCUUUAGUGGGUAACAUUUUAUGCAGUUUGAAUAAAAAUGUUUUCCUCUUGUUUAGUUUUAUUUGUAUGUAUUUUACUUUGAUGAAUGAUUGGUUCCGAGGCCUCUGCCACACUCCAGAAAUAUUUGUGCGGCUGCUUAAAAAAAAAAAAAAGCUGUGUGUCUGGUCACUUAUUUCUCUAAAAUUAUUUCAUUGCCUGGCAAUCAAUCUUCUCUCAAUAUACUUGUCCUAGCACAUUAUGUACACAAGAAAUGUAAACAGAUGUGAAGGAGGACCAGGAAAAAAUGUAGUUGAUAAUAAAGAAAAAUGUAUGUUUUGGCUUCACAUGUUUAACUUUUUUUUUUUUUUAAGAAAAAAAGUUGCAUGAAUGGAAAAAAAAUCUGUAUACAGUAUCUGUAAAACUGUCUUAUCUGUUUCAAUUUCUUGCUCAUACCCCAUGCAAACUAGAACUCAGCGUGGUGCAUGGCCAUAUUCAAACACCUAAGAGUCAUGCAGUUGACACUUUGGUUUGAAGCACCUCAUCCUUUCUUUCAAAGCGAACACUAUCAUAUUGCAUUCUUACUGAGGAUUUUGUCUGUCCAUAUGUUACCAUGAAAUAUCUCUACCACCUUUUGUCUCAAGAAUCAAAACCAGUUUGAUUUGGGAAUCUUCUCCUUUCCAAGUGAAAUAGAGAUGCAGUACUUAACUUUCCUUGGUGUUUGUAGAUAUUGCCUUGUGUAUUCCAUUUAAAACCGUAAUCUAGUUUGUAAAAGCGAUGGUGACGCAUGUAAAUAAAGCAUCAAUGACACUCUA